GCAGCAGCAGAAGGAGCAGCAGCGGCAGCGCGCGCGCUCGGUGGCAGGUCCCGGCGCGUUGCAGCAGUCAGCCGCAGCCAAGCCUCGCCUGCCGCAGAGAGAGAGAGAGAGAGAAGGAGAGAGAGAGACCUCCUCUUCCUCCUCCUCCUCCUCCUCCUCCUCCUCCGCCUGCCUUUCCCGCUCUCCUUCCGCACCGCGGGGAGGAAAGAAGCAAGCAAGCAAGGAAGGAAGGAAGGAAGGAAGGAAGGAAGGAAGGAGACUGGGGAGAGCAUCUUGCGGGGCCGGGGGCGUCUCGCAUGCCGAGGAGAGCAGCGGCGGCGGCGGGGCCAGCGGGGGAACCUGUUGAGGAGGGAGAAGAGGAGGAGGAGGAAGGCGCCCGGCUGCGGCAGCACUGCGCCUUGGGAGCCGGGAUUGCAGCAGCCACCUCGCUGGGCAUCGGGACCUGCGCCGCCGCUGCCGCCGCCGCCGCCGCCUUGCGAGGGAGAGGGAAAGGAGCCCGAGGAGGAGGCGGCAAAGGAAGAGGAAGCGUGUGCCUGUGCCUGGCCCUGCUCGCGCCCCGCCCGCGCGCCUGCCCCAAGCACCCGAGGGGCCCGUGGCCCUCCUCCUCCUCCUCCUCCUCGCCCUCCUCCCCCUCCGCCCUGCGCCUCCCCAGCAUCAUCAUCCCCGGCUGGAGGCGGAGGCGGGCGGCACCUUCGCGCCAGCGCCAGGAAGAGAAAGCCACUUGGACCUUUGCCACCGCCGCAGGAGGAGGAGGAGCUGACAUUAUCUCUACAGUAGAAUUCAACCACACAGGAGAAUUACUAGCGACAGGGGACAAGGGGGGUCGCGUUGUAAUAUUUCAACGUGAGCAGGAGAGCAAAAAUCAGCCCCAUCGCAGGGGAGAAUAUAAUGUUUACAGCACAUUCCAGAGCCAUGAACCUGAGUUCGAUUACCUGAAGAGCUUAGAGAUAGAGGAGAAGAUCAAUAAAAUACGAUGGCUCCCCCAGCAGAACGCAGCCUACUUUCUUCUCUCCACCAAUGACAAAACUGUGAAACUCUGGAAGGUCAGUGAACGAGACAAAAGACCAGAAGGCUACAAUCUCAAAGACGAAGAUGGGAGGCUGCGAGAUCCCUCCACAAUUACCACGCUACGGGUACCUGUGCUAAGGCCCAUGGAUUUAAUGGUGGAGGCAACUCCCAGGAGAGUAUUUGCAAAUGCACACACAUAUCACAUCAACUCCAUAUCUGUGAAUAGUGACUAUGAGACCUACAUGUCAGCAGAUGAUUUGAGGAUAAACUUAUGGAACUUUGAAAUAACCAAUCAAAGUUUUAAUAUUGUAGAUAUAAAACCAGCAAACAUGGAGGAGCUGACAGAAGUGAUAACUGCUGCAGAAUUUCAUCCACACCAUUGCAACACCUUCGUCUACAGCAGCAGCAAGGGGACAAUAAGACUGUGUGACAUGCGAGCCUCUGCCCUAUGUGACCGGCACUCCAAAUUUUUUGAAGAGCCCGAAGACCCGAGUAACAGAUCAUUUUUUUCUGAGAUCAUCUCUUCAAUUUCUGAUGUUAAGUUCAGUCACAGUGGGAGAUUCAUCAUGACCAGGGACUAUCUCACUGUCAAGGUUUGGGACCUUAACAUGGAGAACAGACCUAUUGAGACAUACCAGGUUCAUGAUUACCUCCGAAGCAAGUUGUGUUCCCUCUAUGAGAACGACUGCAUUUUUGAUAAAUUUGAAUGUGUGUGGAAUGGGUCUGACAGUGUCAUCAUGACAGGAUCCUACAACAAUUUCUUCAGAAUGUUUGACCGCAACACCAAGCGUGAUGUGACCCUGGAGGCCUCAAGGGAGAACAGUAAACCCCGUGCUAUCCUGAAGCCCCGCAAAGUUUGUGUGGGAGGCAAGCGGAGAAAAGAUGAAAUUAGCGUGGACAGUCUGGACUUUAGCAAAAAGAUCCUGCAUACAGCUUGGCACCCUUCAGAAAAUAUCAUAGCAGUGGCAGCAACGAAUAACCUGUAUAUAUUUCAAGACAAGGUUAACUAGGAGGAAAAGUGAUAUUCCUUAGGAAUCUUAUGUACUGAAUACUAGCAAACACAAGUUUUUAAAUGUUUCUUAUGUUUUCUUCUUUUUCUCCUCCUCAUUUGUUUCAUUAUCCCUCUGCAGGCAUUAAUUAUGUAGAGGCAAGCACUCAGAUUCCAAUGUCUAUUGCUUUCCCCCAAAUCUUAAGAAAUUGGGUCAGCAAAGCCUGUUUGGACUAUUUGAGUUCUGAGUACACCGUUAAUUCAAAAGCAAGCUUGAAUUACUUAUGCUUUCCAGUUUCUCCAGUACUUGCUAGUAGAUUUAGUUUCUUUAAAAACAGUGAUCUAGACCCUUGCCAAUUUAAUAAUAAAGUUAAGUUUAUAAUAAUAUAUUUACAAAAAAAAAAAGGAAAUCUGAUAAAGGCCAUGAAACAAGGAUGUACUGCAUUAAACCAUCCUAAUUUUGA